AAAAGGACGCCGGCUUUAUCAGCAUCAUGCCAGCGGAUGAACGGGGAACAUAAAUGUGGAAACCUUCAAAUGUUUUAAAUUUUUUUUGGAAUAUGGCAGAAGGUUUUUUCAGAAAUUUACUUCCUGUCCAGGGAAGGUCUACACAUAAUGAGCGUGUCACUAAUGCAAAGGAAUUGGAGUCCCAGAAGUCCAAAGAAAAAAAUACAAGCAGGGAUCCCUGUGGUUUGAUCAAUCAAGGAAUGACCUGCUACCUGAACGCAGUUCUGCAGACGCUCUUCAUGACAGACGAGUUUAGGCAUCAAGUGACGAGCUCAAACACCUGUAAAUCCCCUGAAGGAAAGGCACUGGCUGAUUUAUUCAGGAGUUUACAGUGUGAACGAACAGCUGUUUCCACAGAAGAGGUCACAAAAGUGCUUAACAUCACAGAUGUUUUUGAGCAGCAAGAUGCCGCAGAAUAUCUGCAGAUGAUAUUACACAGAGUACCAGAGCCAUCAGAGAUUUUCAGAGGAGCCAUGGAGACAUCUACAGUGUGUUCUUACUGCAAACACAGCAAUGAUGAAAAGACAGAUUUUUUAUCAAUACCUCUGUCGAUUGAUGCCAGAGGAAAAUGUGAUGUGACACAAGCUUUGAUGGAGUAUUUGGGAAUCCAUGACAUGAGCGGUGUUGAUCAGCUAUACUGUGUUACAUGUGAUUCAAUGAGAGACAUGGAAACGGUAAAUGAUAUUCAAAAGUGGCCAGACAUUUUGACUCUGCAGCUGAAGAGAUUUGAGAUGGGCUUCAUCGGAAAUAAGCUUUACUACUGGAAAAAUGAAUGCUACGUUAAGAUUCCUCCAAAUCUUCACAUUGAUUCAGUAAAGUAUGGGUCUUCCCCAGAGUAUGAGCUAUAUGCCAUCAUUAAUCACCACGGGUCAUUCAUUAGUGGUCAUUACGUCACAAUCGCUAAAUCUCGGAGUGGACACUGGUAUAAUUUUAAUGAUCACAGUGUUACAAAGAUGGAUUAUGUAGAUCACUGGAUCAACGGCGGCUCUACGUCUGCAUACUUACUUAUGUACAGAAAAGUGACAAAAGAGGUUGCUUCUUCAGGACAAGAUGAAGAGACAAAUGAUCCACAAACAGACACCAGUGAAGUAGUAAGGAACAAUCCACAAUCGAAGAAUCCUGAAGAAGAUCAUACCAAAGUGAAGGUGCAGAUAAAGCAGUCCAUGAUCAACACAGAAAGCUGCAAAAAAUCCUCAGUGACAAAAGAGGUUGCUUCUUCAGGACAAGAUGAAAAGACAAAUGAUCCACAAACAGACACCAGUGAAGUAGUAAGGAACAAUCCAAAAUCGAAGAAUCCUGAAGAAGAUCAUACCAAAGUGAAGGUGCAGAUAAAGCCAUCCAUGAUCAACACAGAAAGCAGCAAAAAAUCCUCAGAAUCAGAGUCCUAUUCAAAGAUGUUCAAACAGAGACUGAAGGAGGCGUUUCAGUGUCUGAAUGAAGAAAUAUUACGUGGAGAAAGACAAAAACUGAAUGAUGUCUUUAUUGAACCUCACAUCAUAGAAGAACAUGAUUCUUAUAUCAGGGAUAAAAGACCGAUCAAAUGUAAUGACAUCUUUGAAGGCAAGAAAAUCAGGACCGUUUUGAUGAAGGGUGAAGCUGGCAUUGGCAAAACUGUGGCUGUGCAGAAGUUCGUCCUGGACUGGGCUGAAGAGAAAUCAAACCAUGACAUCGAAUAUAUAUUUCCAAUCCCUUUCCAGAAGCUGAACAUCAUCAGAGAGACGGUGAAGGAGGUCAGCUUCAUGGAGCUUCUGCAGCGAUGCUGUGAAAACACCGGACAUCUGAAUCCUGAGUCUAGGGUCAUGCUGAUCUUUGAUGGACUGAACGAGUUUAAACUUCCUCUGGAUUUCCAAACCACUAAGAAGAUUAAAGAUCCAAUCAUGAAAGCCUCAGUCUCUGAUCUACUGACAAACCUCAUCAUGGGAAAUCUGCUUCCAAACGCUCAUAUCUGGAUCACCAGCAGACCGGCAGCAGCCAAUCAGAUUCCUGCACAGUUUAUUGAUCGUGUGACAGAGAUCCAGGGCUUUAAUGGUCAACAGAAGAAGGAGUAUUUCAGAAAGAGCAUUAGUGACCAGAGUAUGGCCAAUAAAGUCAUCAGUCACAUCCGGAAAUCUCCACGCAUCAACAGCAUGUGUUAUUUACCAGAUUACUGCAGAAUCAUCGCAGCGAUGCCAGAGGAAAUGUUCAGAACAGACGAGACGGGUUCAGAGACUCUCACUCAGAUGUACAGCAGACUCCUGUUAGCUCAGACUGACCUGAAUCCAGAGAGAAGAGACACCAUCGUCGCUCUGGGGAAUAUAGCGUUUCACUGGUUGGUAAACAGCAAAUCUCUCUUCUGUGAUGAAGAUUUGAAGCAACGUGGACUUAGAGAUGAAAGUGUCCUGAAAAAGUCAAUGAUCAUAAAAAGGAUUGAAGACAAAAGCGAGUGUAAAUUAUUCUGCUUUGUAAAUCACCGAACACAGGAGUUUCUGGCAGCUUUGUAUGUUACCGAGAUCAUUAAUAGAGGAGAAGUUUGUCAGCUCAGAGAUCUCUCCAGUCUGAAACUAGAAUUUGGAGAGCAGAGCUUCGCAUACUUUUACGUACUCCAACAUAUCAUAGACAAAACUCUGCAGAAACAGAUGGAGCUCUUCUUCUGCUUCUUACUGGGUUUCAGACUGGAGUCCACUCAGAUUGCUUUAAAAGAGAUCCUGACACAGAGAAGCAGCAACUCUUCAUCCAGUCAAGAAAUAAUUCAACACAUCAAAACUAUGAUCAUGAGUUCCUCUUCAGAAACUGCAGUGAAAAGCAGUCUCCUGUUGGACUGUUUGAAAGAGCUGGAUGAGCGUUAUCUAAUCCAGGAGAUGAAGACACAGCUGAAAUCUGGACUCGGACUCUCUCCUGAUGAGUUCUCAGCUCUGAUGUUUGUGCUGCUGAAUUCAGAAGAGCAGCUGGAUUACCUUAAAUCUCAUCAAUCAGAAAAACUGAAGAUUCGACCAGUGGUCAAAACAUCUGGAGAACAUGAGGAAUAUCAGUUUGGCCUUGGUGUCAGAGCUUGUGCUGAUCUGAGAUCAAACCCGUCUCAUCUGAGAGAGCUGGACCUGGGUGGGAAUUUCCUCGGAGAUUCAGGAAUUAAGCAGCUUUCGGAUCUACUAAAAAUGUGUAAAUUAGAGAAACUGAGGUUGAGAUUUUGUUUUAUUAAUGAGGAAGCUUGUGCUGUUCUGAGUUCAGCUCUGAGAUCAAACCCGUCUCAUCUGAGAGAGCUGGACCUGAGUAAGAAUAACAUCACAGAAUCUGGAAUGCAGCAACUCUCAGAUCUACUGAAACAUCCACAGUGUAAACUGGAGAAACUGGGGUUGUAUGCUUGUCUUAUUAAAGAGGAAGACUGUGCUGUUCUGACUUCAGCUCUGAGAUCAAACCCGUCUCAUCUGAAAGAGCUGGACCUGAGUGGGAAUGACAUUAAAUAUUCAGGGCUGAAGCUGCUUUCAUCUCUGUUAGCUGAUCAUCAGUGUAAACUGGAAAAACUGAGCAGCCAGCAGACCUAGAGCAGGCUGACCACU